AUGGGCUUAUGUUCUGAAGAAAGAAUAUAACAUUUAAAAAUCGAAUUAGAUAAUGGUGAAUAUAUUAACGAAAUUCUUUAUUAUGCUGAUAAAGAAUAUUUAAUUUACACAAUAGGAUUUAAAACAAGUAAUAAUAAAAAUUAUAUUUGCGGAGAAAAUGUAUAAGAGUUAAAAUCUAAAAAAUCACCUUAAGGAUAUCAUUUUACUAACUUUAAAGGAAACUAUAGAAAAUGUGAUGAAGGAUUAUCAUCUAUAGGCUUUGAUUUAUAAUUAAUAAAUGAAAAAGAAACAGAAGUAGACACUACAAAAUUUGAUGAAUUUGUUAUUGGAUAAUUAGGGAUGAGAAGUGUAUUUUAAAAUAAUAAGAAUAAUUUGAAAUACUUAAAUUUAUUAAUUAAAAACACAGGAUUAGGAAAAGACCAUUUUUAAGUAUUUGAAUAUUAUAAUAAUUUAUGUGAAAAUGUGCUUAAAGGAGAACUUUAGAAUAAAUUCGAAGUUUUAAAAGAUGGAGGAAAUGGAAUACAAAUCGGAAAUCAAGAAGAUGAAAACAUCCAUUUUACUUUUAGUUAUGGACAAGGAGCCUUUUGCUGGAAAAUUGACCUUCGAUAAAAUUUUAACUAAGAAUAAAUUUCUAAAAUUAAAGAAGGGAAAAUGGCUAUUGUUGCCGGAUGUAACCUUUAGGAUAGUGGAUUUGGAGGUGAGGCUAAAUUAACUCUCAAAAUUUAUGAUAAUGAAAAUGUAUAGGUGGCAAAAAAAACUAACUUAUAAGAUUCAUUAAAUAAAUAACCAAAGUUCUUUAGUGUAUAUUAUGUCUAAAAAGAUUAAUCUAUUAAUAUUGAAAAAGCAGAAUUUAUUAUUAGUGGAAAAGACGUAAAAUUUUGGGCAGGAUACUAUGGUCCUACUGUUAGUUAUCCUUAGUUUAAAGUUAUUCCUAUAGAAUAAGAUAAAGAAUUAUAAUUAUUUAAUAAAUAUAUUAAGUUGUGAUUUUUUUGUUUCAAUGUUUCUUUUUUUUAAUAAGGAUAUAUUUUUUUUUUUAUUUAUAUUGUAACUUUAUUUAUUUUUUCUUUGAGUUAUUUAUAUAGAUAUAUUUGAACUUAAAAAAUUUUA